UUUAAAGCUGCCGAGCGAUGGCUCGUUUUGUUUUUGCCCCGUUAGCUGUGGAGACACUCGUUUACAGCUUCAUAUUCACUGACCGGUUGUUAGAGACAUUUUUCACGCCCUCUGACAUUCCUGAUGAAGUCCAGUACUUCGCCUGGGCCCCCCAAGGACACAAACUGGCCUUUGUUUGGGGGAAUAAUGUGUACAUAAAGACGAGCCCCGGGUCCGCACGACAGCAGGUCACGUUCAACGGAGAGGACAACUGGCUUUUAAAUGGGAUCCCAGACUGGGUCUAUGAGGAGGAGAUGUUCUCAACCAAUCAGGGCCUGUGGUGGUCACCUGGGGGGGGGGAGCAUGUGGCUUACGCUGAGUUCAACGACACGGAGGUCCGCAACAUAGAGUACACCUGGUACGGCGCGAAGCAGUACCCCAGCACUGUUUCCAUUGCAUAUCCAAAGCCAGGUACUCCCAACCGGGUUGUGAAACUGUUUGUUGUGAACACUGACAAUGUGACAGAAAUCACAGAGGUCCUUGUUCCAGCUUCAUUCAGCACAAGUGAGAACUACUUGGCCACCGUCCAGUGGCUGAAGAGGGUUCAAAACCACCUCAUCCUCCAGAUCUACAGCUUGAGUGGAUCCAGAAUGAGACCGAGCAACAAAAAAAAAACAACUAAAGAAACGGACCGUUAUUGUGGAGUAUGAGUGAGAGGGUUGGACGCAGAACACACCUGCGGCGCAAAGGUGUGGUCGGUCAGCUGCUGUGGCCCGGAUGGAGGUGAAAUCUGGAUCUGCUAACUUCAUGUAUAUAUGAUGGUUGAGCCUGUGGUGCCCCUGCGGAAACUGUGCAACCGUGCCCGCAGAAGCUGAGAACAUCCGAUACCACAGGUUACCAGACGGCUUUGGGAGAUCGAGGAAGAAUUACCACGUAUAUGGUCGGCCGCGCUGACUGCGGUACUUUACGGUUGAGAGGAAUACACCGGUACGUUUUGCUUCUUUGUAAAAACAUAUAGUUUCAAUCUAAAUAAAAUGGACUAACGUACCCUCAAAUAAAUUAGUGACGAGCCAAUCUCAAUGCUACAGUCUUCAAAUCACUGCUACGGCCCCGAGUCCUGAUUUUAACUCAACUCAGAGCGGAAGUUGAACACUCAGACUUCUUUGUUCCUUUUUUUAUUGAUAAUAAUUUGGUGUAAGAUAUUGAUAUCUAUAUUUAUAUUACAACAUUCUUCAAUUUCAUAGAAAGGCAGGUGGUUGGUGCUAAGAUGACUCAUAAAGAACAUGCAGCUAAUGUUUUUUAAUUAUCAACACUGUGUCAAGUUGCAUCUUUAGAUUUCAUGUUUUCAAAAGUGGUUAACUUUCUAUCAAUUAAAUAUGAUUAAGCAC